AUGGGGGUCAACAGGGAAGCCACAGUGGAGGAAGCAGUUAAAAGUGUAUGUCGGAGGAGGAGACAUUGUUCUCGGCUGCUAAAGGAGGUUGAGUCUGAUCUAGUUAUUGUCGCGGAGAAGCUGAGGGAUGGAAUGGAAGACAUAAAUAAGUGGAGAAGAAGAUCAGGGUUUAAGCAGAACUUCUCUACUUUUGAAACCUGGUCACUUUUGAGACCGAUAUUUGAGAGUUGCAGCUGGUAUAAAGGUGUAUGGUUUCCUCAGGCAACUCCUAAAUAUGCUUUUGUGACCUGGCUAGCUGUGAGGGAUAGACUGGCUACUAUGGAUAGAAUUGCUAAGUGGAGACAGGGGAUUGAUGAGACAUGUGUACUCUGCAAAAAUGUGCCUGAAACUAGAACCCAUUUAUUCUUUGAGUGCUCUUACUCUUCUCAGAUUUGGGAGUAUCUCACCAAGGGACUGCUUCGUGAAGACUACACUACGGCCUGGUCUGAGAUGAGUCCAUGA